AUGAGUAAACAAGAAGACCAACGCGUCGACGACGCUGCCGACGCCAUGGCACAGCUUCAGUUGGCGGACUCGCUGCUGACGACACCUCUGGAGACUCCCCAAAAUCCCUCAUCCACUGCAACCCCUCUGGACGCCUCCGAAGCGGCGCCGGUGCUGGAAACCGACACCCGCUCCGUGUUCAUCGGCAACCUCGAUUUCAAUGCCAAUCCGCCUCAGCUUGAACGGGUGUUCUCUGAGAUGGGCGAGGUGGUCCGAAUCACCAUUCGCCAGGACCGGUUCACAGGCCAGCCUCGUGGCUACGCCUACCUUGAGUUUGCCGAUGUCGACCUGGCCACGCGGGCGGUGGCCGAGCUUGACGGCUACGAGUUCUUAGGGCGACUGCUUUCGGUGAAGCCUAAACGUACCAAUAUUCCUCGUCACCAACGGGGUCGGGGGCGUGGUCGUGGAGGUCGCGGUGGUCGCGGCCGUGGUCGUGGAGGUAGAGGGCGUGGCGGCCGUGGUCGCGGUCGGGGUGGUUAUGGUUUGCGUGAUGAUGGCGGUGAAGUCCAAGCCACUAAUGAUGCCACCCCUGCUUCUGUGACUAUUGUCGAGAGUGCUACCUCUGAGCGUGAGCAUGGCUCCUUUGAUGGCCGCGACGACGGUGUCGCCUAA